CAGGCGUGUGUGACCUUUUCCUCUGCUGCCGCCAAGGUGCUCGGUCCUUCCGAGGAAGCUAAGGCCGCGUUGGGGUGAGGCCCUCACUUCAUCCGGCGACUAGCACCGUGCCGGCAGUACGCAACAUGGCCUCCGUCUCUGAGCUCGCCUGCAUCUACUCCGCCCUCAUCCUCCACGACGACGAGGUGACGGUCACGGAGGAUAAGAUCAAUGCCCUCAUUAAAGCAGCUGGUGUCAAUGUUGAGCCUUUCUGGCCUGGCUUGUUUGCCAAGGCCCUGGCCAAUGUCAACAUUGGGAGCCUCAUCUGCAAUGUAGGGGCUGGUGGGCCUGCUCCAGCAGCCGGAGCGGCACCAGCAGGCGGUCCUGCCCCCUCCACCGCUGCUGCCCCAGCUGAGGAGAAGAAAGUGGAAGCAAAGAAGGAAGAAUCCGAGGAGUCUGAUGACGACAUGGGCUUUGGUCUUUUUGACUAGGCAUUUUGUUACCAUGGCAAAUAAAAAGAUGAACCUGUA